AUGUUUGUUAUAAAGAAUAAUCUAGACGAGAAAUUUAACUUGAUGCCAUUCAGUGAAGUCAUUUUCUGUUGCAGUCCAAUAAAAAUAUGUUUUUAUCCGCUUGGGAACAAGGCCAAACUGACUUGGAGCAAAAUCUCCUUGAUUUUGACUUAUGUCAAAUCGGUAAACGAGAGAGAUCUUCCUCAUUUUUCGAUCUCCUCUCUUCUUCCACGUGCUCUAACACCACAGAUUUCAACACAGACCCAUACGAUGAAGAUUGCAACUCGCAGUUCAAAGAUUCCUCAUUCAAUGUCACCCUCAGCCCUCACAUCUUAG